CUCAUCAGCUGACGACAUAUGUUUUGUUUGUGAAUUUUAUACUAUUGAAUUGAAGCUUACUCAUUUCAAACAUUUUUGCCAAAAUUAAAGUGCAGUUCAUGGAAAGCAUGCCAGUAUUUUAAUAUUGACAAAAUGAAGAAUAUUUAAAACAGUUUCCGUACUCAAAAAAAUGAUAUAAAUAUUUGUGUCAAAAUUCAAAAUCAAUAAAUACAUCAUCGUGCUUUGAAGGUUUGGCCUACUGUGCCUAUACAGCCAGUGAUACAAAUCUCGGUUCGCACUAUCGCGGAGUUAAUUUGUACGCCAAGAAAACCUGAUAACAAUAGGUUUAUAGUGAUCGAUACGGGCCAGUGUUUCGCCGAUAAAACGAAUGGAGGCGAAACUUAGAGAGUACCGCGCUCUACGUCGUCGCAGGGAACUGAUAGACAGCGCUAAGGAGAAGUUGGAGAAUACCAAACAGAAAAUCGCUAAUAUUCUGGUGCCAAAUAUAUUCACCGACAUGGAUAAGCAAAAAGAUGAUGAGGUGUUACUGAUUGAAGAGCCAGCACCGCAACAAAAACCACUAAUCCAGUUUGAGGAACCGUUAGACAUUGCAUCAGAAGUCAGCGAAGUGGAAUCCAGUGAAGAGGAAACUCAAGAGUCAUGGCGGUAUUGCCUGACUAAGUGGACCAUCUACACCGUUAUCUGGCUGACUCUUUAUAUUUUUUUUCUUAAAGUAGGCUUCGGAGCAGUAUUCUUUGCUUCAUCUGUAUUGAUCGGUAUAUUCUUAAAUACUAGAACUGGAAAGAGAAAACCAGGGGAAGUGUCAGCGUACAGUGUAUUUAACCAAAAUUGUGAAAGUAUAGACGGGACAUUAAAGGCAGAAGAGCUACAACGGCAAAUGUUAUAUGGGGUUGCUGGUUUGAGAAUAUAAUUUAUAUCACAUAAUUACCAUAGUGAUAUGAUUAAUAUAUUCUUGUUAUAAACAGAAAAUAUAGAAAAACAGGAUUGGCUGUGAAACACCCAGCAAUGGACUGAAAUUGGUAGUCAGUGGCUGCUGUACGGUAAAGUAAAAUAUUAAUUUACAUUUUGACAGCCGACCCCCAAUAGUGGCUUUUUAUAAUCUCUAAGUGUUGAAGUAGCCAAUGUACUUUAUCUUGAAAUUUUUGAAUCUGUAUAGUCUUUGCAUAUAUGCAGGGCGACUAGAAAACUAGUGUAAAAUGUUUCCAAAUUUCUAUGAUGAAAUUCCUUCCUUUGGGCUAUUCCCAGUAAUAAGAAUUUCUUAAAAAAAACUUAAGUGAUAUUUAAUAAAAAGCAUUGUUUAAAUACAUUAAGGAAAUUCUCAAAAGAAGGCCUAAAGGUCAACAUACCUAGCAGUCAUACUAUACUUCAGUAGAGAUCUAUCUCAAUUAAAUUAUCAUAGUAUCCACUAUUUAUUUAUUGAGUAAAUAAGCAUAUGAAAUCAUAUAUUUAAUAUGUUUAAUUGUUAAUAAAUUAUUCAAUUACAUCACA